GGGGCAAGCAAUAAUUCCUUAACUAUUAUCCUAUAGUAUUAUAACACCAAAAAGCAAUGGGAAGAGAAUAAGACAAGAAAAAGACACAAAUUCAUUUGACCACAGCAGUAACAAAGUGCAGCUCCUUUCCCUUCAUCCAUUAUUUGAUUCUUGACAAAAUCAAAUUAAAUAGAAACCAAAGCAAAGCUUCUUUCUUUCUUGCCUUUUGCUUUCCUUUUACGAACCUUAAAACAACGCCCGCAUAAAUCCAAACAGUAAAGCCCAAUCCCUUUUUCACGAUUGCAAUUAAUCUCUCAGAUUCAGAUGGUAGUUCAACUGAUCACGAAGCUGGCAUUUCCCCUUUCUCAGAAUGCCUUUCUAGCAUAAAUCUGCAACCACAAUUGCGGAGGCCUUUAUUUCUCUCUUUCCCCAAAUUCGUCAAUUCGGAAGCAAAAUGCAAACAGGGAAUUCCGGUGAAGUGCGAUCGGGUGUUGGAGCACCAGAUACUCGAGGGAAGCACAGGAUAUCUGCUGAAUUGAAGAGGCUCGAGCAAGAAAUUCGUUUCUUGGAGGAAGAACUGGAACAACUUGAGAAAAUGGAGAACGCCUCGUCUGCUUGCAAAGAGAUGCUAAUCAACAUCGAAACAAGACCAGAUCCUUUGCUUCCAGAGACCAUUGGGCCAAUAAAUACGAUCUGGGACAGAUGGUUUGAAGGUCCACAAGAGUCUUCCGGCUGCAGGUGCUGGAUACUGUGAUAUCUUGCCACGAAAUCGAGCCCUAAACACGAGCUUCGUCUUAUAACCAGCAACAACAUCAACAUCAGACCGUUCGUUCGAUGCAGAGUGACCAAUUACCCCCAAAACAGCAGUGCCCUCCAACUGACAUGUUUAAAAAUGUAUGAAACAGACAGAUGCAAUUUUUCAACCUCAAUUCAUUUCCCAAAGUUCUAUUUGAUCGAAUGUUAGCCUCACUGUA